AUGAUCGAGACAGACAAUAGUUGGACAAUAACAUUUGAAGAACUUAAACAUGGUUUGAAGAGAGUAGGUUCUCAGAUGACGGAAGCUGAAAUCAAGGCUCUGAUGGAUGCAGCUGAUAUAGACAACAGUGGAAUAAUAGACUAUGGUGAAUUUCUUGCUGCUACUUUGCACUUAAAUAAGAUGGAGAGAGAGGACAAUUUGGUUGCAGCAUUCUCCUAUUUUGACAAAGAUGGUAGUGGUUACAUCACCCUUGACGAGCUUCAACAGGCUUGCCAAGAUUUUGGUCUUGGUGAUGUUCAUCUGGAUGAGACGAUCAAAGAAAUUGAUCAAGACAAUGAUGGGCGGAUAGAUUAUGGGGAGUUUGCUGCAAUGAUGAGAAAGGGUGAUGGAGGAGUUGGGAGGACCAGAACCAUGAGAAACAAUCUGAACUUUAAUUUAGCCGAUGCCUUGGGGAUAGAAAAUGCAACCUCAGACGCUAAAUGA